CAACGCCUCCCUUCAGUUGACCGAAGAAGACUUCCGGUGGCUUGUCAUGGCGGUGGAUCCAUGGUGAAGCCAAUAGAAAGGGGAAAAUAUUCGCCCGCUUUGUCCUUUCUAAGCCACCCAAGUCAUAUUUUCAUGGGGAAAUACGUCUGUCCACACCGACUUUAAACCUCGGACUUCCCAACAGAGCUGUGUGUGUCCCCACGGCCGGCCAUGGCGGCUCACAAACCAGUGGAAUGGGUCCAGGCCGUGAUUACCCGAUUUGAUGAGCAGCUUCCUAUUAAGGUUGGACAUCAGAACACACACAGCAAAGUCAGCACAGACCACAACAAAGAAUGCUUGAUCAACAUCUCAAAGUACAAGUUCUCCCUUGUUAUCAGCGGCCUCACCACUAUACUCAAAAAUGUCAACAACAUGCGGAUAUUUGGAGAAGCCUCCGAGAAGAAUCUUUAUCUUUCUCAGCUCAUCAUCCUUGACACACUGGAGAAGUGCCUGGCAGGGCAAUCUAAAGACUGCUUGCGUCUGGAUGAGACCAUGUUGGUGAAGCAGUUGCUGCCAGAGAUAUGCCAUUUCAUCCACACGUAUCGUGAGGCCCACCAGCACGCGGCAGAGCUGCGUGCCUCCGCCUCAGCCGUCCUGUUCUCUUUGAGCUGCAACAACUUCAAUGCCGUUUUCAGCCGCAUCUCCACCAGGCUGCAGGAGUUGACGGUGUGCUCAGAAGAUAAUGUGGAUGUUCAUGACAUCGAGCUCAUGCAGUACAUCAAUGUGGACUGUUGCAAAUUGAAGAGGCUUCUGCAAGAAACCGUGUUAAAGUUCCGGGCUCUCAAGAAAGCCGCACAGCUUGCUGUCAUCAACAGUUUAGAGAAGGCAUUUUGGAACUGGGUAGAAAAUUAUCCUGAUGAAUUUACGAUGCUGUACCAACGCCCUCAGACAGAUAUGGCAGAAGCGGCAGAGAAGCUGUUUGACCUAGUAGACAGUUUUGCAGAGAGUGCCAAGAGGAAGGCAGCUGUAUGGCCGCUCCUGAUCAUUCUACUGAUACUUUGUCCAGAGAUUACUCAUACAAUCUCUAAAGACACAGUGGAAGAGAGCAAGGCCAACAAGAAACUCUUUUUGGAUAAUUUGCGGAAAGCUCUAGCCGGCCAGGGCGGGGGCAAACAGCUGAUGGAGAGUGCUGCGAUUGCCUGUGUCAAGCUUUGCAAAGCUUCUACUUACAUCAACUGGGAGGAUCAUUCAACCAUUUUCCUUCUGGUCCAGUCUAUUGUCAUGGAUCUCAAGACUCUGCUGUUUAACCCAGUCAAACCGUUCUGGAGGGGGACCAGCAGUCAGAACGCUGACGUGGAACUCAUGGUGGAUUGCUUUGUUUCAUGUUUCCGCAUCAAUCCUCACAACAACCAGCACUUUAAGGUCUGUUUGGCCUCCUCCUCCCCCUCAACCUUCCACUUUGUCUUAGUCAACUCAUUGCACAGAAUCAUUACCAAUUCUCACCUAGACUGGUGGCCAAAGAUCGACGCAGUGUACCAUUACUCUGGAGAGCUUCGCUUUAUGUUCUCAGACACCCUGAACAGGGUGGUGCAGAGCACUGGCACUCAUGCUCCACUACGCAUGACACCGAGUCUGACAUUCAUUGGAAAGAAGACCACAAGCCUUAAGUUUAAAGAGAAAGCCACAGAGCAAGACACUCGAAGUUAUAAGUGCCUUCUUCUCGCUCUGGUCAAGCUCAUCCAUGCAGACCCAAAGCUGAUGUUGCACAAUCCAGUGAAGCAAGCUUCAGAGAUCCAAAGCAGUACAGCAGAACUCAUCACUGGCUUGGUGCAACUGGUUCCUCUGAACACCACUACUCAGCUGUCACAAGAAGCCAUGGAGGCUCUGUUAGUUCUGCACCAGCCAGAGACCAUAGAGCUGUGGAAUCCUGAUGCCCCCAUUGAAACAUUUUGGGACAUCAGUUCGCAGGUGCUUUUCCUAAUCUGCCGAAAAUUAAUUGGCCAACAAAUGGUGAACAGAACAGAGGUUUUGAAAUGGCUGAGAGAGAUCCUUAUCUGCAGGAACAAGUUUUUGCUCAAGAACAAGGAGUGUGCCACUAUGGGGGGUGGCAUUCCCAUCUGUCGGCAGGCGCAGACUAAACUUGAGGUCUGUCUCUACCUGUUCCUGUGGAGCCCAGACACGGAGGCGGUGCUGGUGGCCAUGUCAUGUUUCCGUCAUCUGUGUGAAGAGGCAGACAUCCGCAGUGCAGCGGAUGAGGUGCCCGUCCAGACUAUUCUCCCCAACUAUGCCACUUUCAGUGAACUGGCUUCUGUGAGCACCAUGAUAGGAACAGGCCGCUCCACCUUACAAAAAAGAGUGAUGGCCUUGUUGAGAAGAAUAGAGCACCCUACACCAGGAAACAUUGAGGCUUGGGAGGACACCUAUGCUAAAUGGGACCAGAGCACAAAACAGAUACUCAACUUUCCUAAAAAUAAGGCUGAUGAUGGACAGCAGGAGUGGAUAAAUAUGACAGGCUUCCUCUGUGCACUGGGAGGUGUAUGUCUUCAGCAGCGCAACACUCCAGGACUCGCCACUUACAGCCCACCUAUGGGCCCACUGAGUGACCGCAAACCCUCCAUGAUCUCAGUGGGGCCCGGUGACAUGACCAACUCGGCUCCCUCUUCCUGCCCUUCAUCUACCUCCAUCGAGACGCCCGUCAGCCGCUUCCUGGACCGACUGCUGUCUCUGUUGGUGUGUGGCCAUGACAGGGUGGGCCUUCAUGUCCGCACCAAUGUCAAAGACCUACUGGGACUGGAACUGAGUCCUGCACUCUAUCCCAUGCUCUUCAACAAACUGAAAAACAGCAUCGGAAAGUUCUCUGACGCUCAGGGACAGGUACCCAUUACUGAUGCGAACACCCAGUUUGUGGAGCAGACUAUAGCCAUCAUGAAAAAUCUGUUGGAUAACCACACAGAGGGCAGCUCUGAACACCUGGGACAGGCCAGCAUUGAAACCAUGAUGCUCAACUUGGUCAGGUAUGUGCGUGGCCUGACCAAUGUGGUACAUGCAAUUCAGGUCAAAACCAAGCUCUGCCAGCUGGUUGAGGUGAUGAUGGAGAGACGGGAUGACCUGUCCUUCUGCCAGGAGAUGAAGUUCAGGAACAAGAUGGUGGAAUACUUGACAGACUGGGUGAUGGGAACCUCUAACCAGGCUGCUGAUGAUGACAUCAAGUGUCUGACAAGAGACUUGGACCAGGCUAGUAUGGAGGCAGUUGUCUCCCUUUUGGCAGGUUUGCCCCUACAGCCAGAGGAGGGUGAUGGUGUCGAACUGAUGGAGGCAAAGUCUCAGCUCUUCCUCAAGUAUUUCACCCUGUUCAUGAACCUGUUGAAUGACUGCAGCGAGGUUGAAGAUGAGGGUCAGACAGUGGGGGGGCGGAAACGAGGAAUGUCCCGGCGCCUGGCGUCCCUUCGCCAUUGUACCAUCUUGGCCAUGUCCAACCUGCUCAAUGCUAAUGUGGACAGUGGCCUCAUGCAUUCCAUUGGCUUAGGCUAUCACAAGGAUCUGCAGACUCGAGCCACUUUCAUGGAGGUGCUGACCAAGAUUUUGCAACAGGGAACAGAAUUCGACACGUUGGCAGAGACAGUCCUAGCUGACCGCUUUGAGAGGCUGGUGGAGCUCGUUACCAUGAUGGGAGACCAAGGAGAGCUGCCCAUUGCUAUGGCAUUGGCUAAUGUUGUUCCUGGCUCUCAGUGGGAUGAGUUAGCUCGAGUUCUGGUGACCCUUUUCGACUCCCGCCACUUACUCUACCAGCUGUUGUGGAACAUGUUCUCUAAAGAGGUGGAACUGGCCGACUCCAUGCAGACGCUCUUCAGAGGGAACAGCCUCGCCAGCAAAAUAAUGACCUUCUGUUUCAAGGUAUAUGGAGCAGCAUACUUGCAGAAGUUAUUGGAGCCCUUGUUAAGGGGAGUUAUUUCAACCCCUGAACACAUCAGCUUUGAAGUGGACCCUACUAGAUUGGAACAUGGUGAAAAUCUAGAGGAGAACCAGAGGAACCUGCUUCAGAUCACUGAGCGCUUCUUCCAGGCCAUAAUUGGCUCAUCCAGCGACUUCCCCCCUCAACUUCGCAGUGUCUGCCAUUGCCUCUACCAGGCUACUUGCCACUCUCUACUGAAUAAGGCAACACUAAAAGAAAAAAAGGAAAACAAAAAAGCAGUUGUGAGUCAGCGAUUCCCACAGAACAGCAUAGGUGCAGUGGGUAGUGCCAUGUUCCUACGUUUCAUCAACCCGGCUAUUGUGUCCCCCUAUGAGGCUGGCAUCUUGGAUAAAAAGCCGCUGCCCAGAGUGGAACGAGGUCUUAAGCUCAUGUCCAAGAUUCUGCAGAGUAUUGCAAACCAUGUCCUGUUUACGAAAGAAGAACAUAUGAGGCCUUUUAAUGACUUUGUUAAAAGCAACUUUGAUUCAGCAAGAAGGUUUUUCUUGGACAUUGCCUCCGACUCUCCACCCAGUGACUCAGUCAACCACAGUUUGUCAUUCAUCAGUGAUGGUAAUGUGUUGGCCCUCCACCGCUUGCUGUGGAACAACCAGGAGAGGAUUGGGCAGUACCUCUCCAGUAACAGAGACCACAAGGCAGUUGGCAGGCGACCUUUUGACAAGAUGGCCACCCUCCUUGCCUACCUUGGACCCCCGGAGCACAAGCCUGUGGCCGACACUCACUGGUCUAGUCUCAACCUGACCAGCUCCAAAUUUGAGGAGUUCAUGACCAGGCACCAGGUUCAUGAAAAGGAGGAGUUUAAAGCCUUAAAGACACUUAACAUAUUCUACCAAGCAGGCACCUCUAAGACUGGCAACCCCGUGUUCUACUAUGUGGCUCGCAGGUUCAAAACAGGCCAAAUUAAUGGUGACCUGCUCAUCUACCAUGUACUCCUCACCCUCAAACCUUACUACGCUAAGCCCUAUGAGAUAGUUGUAGACUUAACUCAUGUUGGACCAAGCAAUCGCUUCAAGACUGACUUUCUAUCCAAGUGGUUUGUGGUCUUUCCUGGCUUUGCGUAUGAGAAUGUGGCAGCAGUUUAUGUCUACAACUGCAACACUUGGGUGAGGGAGUACACCAAGUAUCAUGAGAGGCUUCUGACUGGUCUUAAGGGGAGCAAGCGCCUGCAGUUUAUUGACUCUCCAGCCAAGUUGGCAGAACACAUUGAACAAGACCAACAGAAACUCCCAGCAGCCACUUUGACAUUGGAAGAAGAUCUCAAAGUGUUCCACAAUGCCCUCAAGCUGGCUCACAAAGACACCAAAGUUUCAAUAAAGGUGGGUUCCACAGCAGUUCAGGUAACCUCAGCUGAGCGGACACGGGUGCUUGGCCAGCCCGUCUUUCUCAACGAUGUUUAUUAUGCCUCAGAGAUUGAGGAAAUUUGCCUGGUGGAUGAGAGUCAGUUUACUCUUACCAUGGCCAAUCAGGGAACACCUCUCACAUUCAUGCACCAAGAGUGUGAUGCCAUUGUCCAGUCCAUAAUUCAUAUCCGUACUCGCUGGGAGCUGUCUCAGCCUGACUCAAUUCCCCAGCACACAAAGAUCCGUCCAAAAGAUGUCCCCGGGACUCUUCUCAACAUUGCUCUGCUCAACCUGGGGAGUUCUGAUCCAAGUCUCCGGUCUGCAGCUUACAAUCUCCUCUGUGCUUUGACUUGCACAUUUAACCUAAAGAUAGAGGGACAGCUGUUGGAGACAUCCGGUCUCUGUAUUCCAGCGAACAACACACUUUUUAUUGUCUCCAUCAGCAAGACCCUUGCUGCAAAUGAGCCGCAUCUGACACUGGAGUUCUUGGAGGAAUGCAUUUCUGGCUUCAGCAAAUCCAGUAUUGAGCUCAAGCAUCUCUGCCUGGAGUACAUGACACCCUGGCUUCUAAACUUGGUCCGCUUCUGUAAACAUAAUGACGAUGCCAAACGUCAGCGUGUCACAGCCAUCCUGGACAAACUUAUCACAAUGACAAUAAAUGAAAAGCAGAUGUAUCCCUCCAUCCAGGCCAAGAUCUGGGGCAGCCUGGGCCAAAUAACGGAUCUGCUUGAUGUGGUGUUAGACAGCUUUAUCAAAACUAGUGCCACAGGAGGCCUAGGCUCCAUCAAGGCAGAAGUCAUGGCUGAUACUGCUGUAGCUCUGGCUUCAGGGAACGUUAAACUGGUGUCCAAUAAGGUUAUUGGUCGGAUGUGUAAGAUCAUAGACAAGACGUGCCUGUCACCAACUCCUACGCUGGAGCAGCACCUCAUGUGGGAUGACAUUGCGAUCCUGGCCCGCUACAUGCUCAUGUUGUCCUUUAACAACUCUCUGGAUGUUGCAGCCCACCUGCCAUACCUGUUCCAUGUAGUGACGCUACUAGUAGCCACCGGGCCGCUGUCCCUUAGAGCCUCUACCCAUGGUUUAGUCAUCAACAUCAUCCACUCCCUGUGCACCUGUUCACAGCUCAGCUUCAGUGAGGAGACGAAGCAGGUUCUGAGACUGAGCCUGACUGAGUUUUCGUUGCCAAAGUUCUAUCUGCUGUUUGGCAUCAGCAAAGUCAAAUCAGCCGCCGUCAUUGCCUUCCGCUCCAGCUACAGGGACCGCUCCUUCUCACCAGGCUCUUACGAGAGGGAAACCUUCGCUCUGUCCUCUCUGGAGACCGUAACUGAGGCCUUACUGGAGAUUAUGGAGGCCUGUAUGAGAGACAUCCCAACUUGUAAGUGGUUAGACCAGUGGACAGAGCUUGCUCAAAAAUUUGCAUUCCAGUACAACCCCUCCCUACAGCCCAGAGCCCUGGUGGUCUUUGGCUGCAUCAGCAAGAGGGUGACUCAUGGCCAGAUCAAGCAGAUCAUCCGGAUCCUCAGCAAAGCCAGCCCUUUGCUCAGCAUAGACCGGGGUCUUGAGAGCUGUUUGAAGGGACCCGACAAUUACAACAGCCAAGUGUUAAUUGAGGCCACUGUGAUUGCUCUGACCAAGCUGCAACCUCUACUCAGCAAGGACUCUCCGAUGCACAAAGCUCUGUUCUGGGUGGCAGUAGCUGUGCUGCAGCUGGAUGAAGUCAACUUGUACUCUGCUGGAACUGCCCUCUUGGAGCAGAACCUUCACACUCUGGACACAAUGCGGAUCUUCAAUGACAAGAGUCCAGAGGAAGUUUUCAUGGAAAUUAGGCGUCCUUUAGAAUGGCACUGUAAGCAGAUGGAUCAUUUUGUGGGCCUCAAUUUUAGUGCUAACUUCAACUUUGCAUUAGUGGGCCACUUACUCAAAGGCUACAGACACCCGUCUCCCACCACCGUGGCGAGGACAGUGCGGAUCCUGCACACACUGUUGGCUCUAACAAGCAAACAUUUGAAAUGUGACAAGUUUGAGGUCAACACUCAGAGCGUGGCUUAUUUAGCUGCCUUGCUCACUGUGUCAGAGGAAGUCAGAAGUCGAUGUAGCCUCAAACACAGGAAGUCACUGCUUAUUUCUGAGCUGUCUGUGGACCCUGUGCCUAUGGAGACCUACACCAGUCACAUCACCAACCCCAAAUGCAGAACUGUGCAAGAGCCUCAGCCAUGGACAUCACCUCAGGUUUCAGAGCGCUACCUUUCUACUCAUCAUUACCCCACGAUGGGCCAGAUAAGCCCGCGAACGCGCAAAUCGAUGAGCCUGGACAUGGGCCAACCAUCACAGGCCAACACAAAGAAGCUUCUCGGUACUAGGAAGAGCUUUGAUCAUCUCAUAUCAGACUCUAAAGCACCAAAAAGGCCAGAGAUGGAGGCGGGGAUGACGACCCCCCCGAAGAUGAGGCGUGUAGCAGAAAACGACUACGAGAUCGAGACGCAAAGAAUUGGAAAUUCUCACCUGCGAAAGGUGUCUGUAUCAGAAUCUAAUGUUCUGCUGGAUGAGGAGGUGCUGACUGACCCGAAAAUCCAGGCUCUGCUGCUCACUGUGCUGGCAACCCAGGUUAAGUACACCACAGACGACUUUGACCAACGGAUUUUGUACGAGUACUUAGCCGAAGCCAGUGUUGUGUUUCCUAAAGUUUUUCCAGUUGUUUAUAACUUAUUGGACUCCAAGAUCAACACUGUGCUGUCCAUGUGCCAAGACAUCAACCUCCUGAACCCCGUCCACGGCAUCGUACAGAGCGUGGUGUACCACGAGGAAUCCCCUCCUCAGUACCAGCCUUCAUAUUUACAAAGCUUUGGCUUUAAUGGGCUGUGGAGGUUUGCUGGACCUUUUUCUAAGCAAACACAGAUCCCAGACUAUGCUGAGCUGAUUGUCAAGUUUUUGGAAGCGUUGAUCGACAGCUACCUGCCCACAGCCGAUGAAGAGAGAGGAGAGGAACAACUACGAACUCCCACAUCCCCGUAUCCUCCCAGCAGCCAAAGCCAGCUGAGCAUCACUGCCAAUCUGAACCUGUCAAAUUCCAUGACCUCACUGGCCACAUCACAACACUCCCCAGGUGUGGAUAAGGAGAAUGUCCAGCUGUCCCCCAGCUCUGCUCUGUCCAGUGGAGGACGCAUUCGCCACGGGUCAGCCAGUCAGGUCCAGAAGCAGCGGAGUGCCGGCAGCUUUAAGAGACCCAGCAUUAAGAAAAUAGUCUGAGUGCCCCUCCAGCCCGAGCCGCCAGCCUUCACGCUGUGCUCUGUUUACACUCUAGUUCCUCCUUGUUCUUCAUUCUCGCUGCAUUGGCAAAACAAGUGAAAGGAGUGCGAACUGAACGGAGGUGUUUCUCUUCUUAUUCUUUGACGGCAAAAGGUAUCAGAGAUGCUUCUGAUCUGCACUAUGUUCUGUGAGGAAGCUUUUCCUACCUGCAGGAAGUGACGACGGGGACACUUCAGCGUUACGUUGACACUGACACAGAGGGACAUGUGGUUGAAGUUCCUGGGUCUGAGUCAGUCAGAUACACAAUAUGAGAGCAGCGCAGUGUGAUGGGACCAACAUACUUGAUCCGCUUGGACAUAUCAGUUGCUCUCUCUAUCCUGUACAUAUUUGACAUAGACUGAUGAUGUACAUCCAGUCCUUUAUGCUAAAUUUGCUGUUUUCUCUAUGGUGUGCCUUUGUAUGUGUUUUUCUAUAUGUACACUUUGUAAAGUAAAAGUCAAACCUUGCUGGACACAAUAAACAGGUACUAAUUAUGAAGACAGGCUACUCAUAUCAAGCUGCCAUGAUCUGCCUGCGAUGAUGGUCAAACAACAGUUAACCCCGAUGCCUGACACUAUUUACUCCUAUAGAAGUAGAUGAUGCUACACAAACCUUCCUGUUCUCAAAACACUUUCCAAAAAUAUCUUCUUUUUUUCUUCUUUUUUUUUUUUACACUUAUCCAUUAAUAUUGCAAAACACUAU